ACGGCUCAAACGGUUCAAAGCACUUGCGUUGAUGUCAAAUCAUCAUCGACCGCCGACCCCUCACUUACCACUCACACAUUUACUUACUACCUAACUUACUUGCAGACAAAUCUACUCCUAUUCGUUCGUUGCCCAUGUCCGUUCCUCUCGCCAUAUCAACCGAUAAUUGGUAAUACGCUGUAGUCUCUGCUCUUUCCCUUCUCUUUUUUUCUUUAACCUUCAAGGCGUCACCAGAAUCGCCUUCUCUUAGCCCACCCUGUUUCAUGAAUCUCACAAGAUCCUUGCCUCAACCUUCUGUAGAUCGUAUCCUUCUCAGAGCUAGGCCCAAGUCCACUUUAAGAUUACAAACAUAUAAACCAUCUAGGUUCAUAUCGACAUCUGCAAUUAGAGCCAUGCCUCUAUUCAAGCUUAAAGAUGUCACCUCGCUAUCACUGCAACCCGGCGAUAAGCAGGAGGUUGAAGUCGAAGGUGUCGAGGGUGGCAAGGUGCUUCUCCUCAACGCCGGCGGCAAGAUCCAGGCUCUAGGCGCAAAGUGUACACAUUACGGCGCCCCUCUUGCAAAGGGAGUCUUGACCAAAAGUGGAAGAUUGACUUGUCCUUGGCACGGAGCUUGUUUUAAUGGCCAGACCGGUGAUAUCGAGAACGCCCCUGCGUUAGAUGCCUUGCCGGCAUUCAAGGCCAUUGAGAAGGAUGGAGGUAUAUAUAUUGAAGGCGAGGAAGCCGUAAUCAAAGCAGCGAAACGAAAGCCCAACUUCAAGUGCGCUACCAGCGACUCUACUAACAAGGUAGUUGUGGUUGGCGGCGGUAGUGGAGCGAUCGGUGCUGUCGAAGGGUUGAGGGAGAAGGGAUUCACGGGACAAAUAACCAUGAUCUCUAAUGAAGGCUAUUUACCCAUUGAUCGUACCAAGCUAUCCAAGGCCUUGAUCACCGACCACACCAAGAUCCAAUGGAGAGACGAUGAGUGGUUCAAAUCCGGUUCGGUCGAGGUGGUACACGACGAAGUCGUCGACGUUGACCUUGUUAACAAGGCAGUCAUUACUAAGAGCAAGGAGAAAUACAUCUAUACCAAGCUCAUCUUAGCAACUGGUGGUUCACCCCGGAAUCUGCCUGUGCAAGGAUUUAAGGUCCUCGAGAACAUAUUUCUGUUGAGAACGGUACAUGACGCUAAGAAAAUCGUCGACGCCAUUGGCGACAAGGGCAAAAAGAUCGUUAUUGUCGGUAGUAGUUUCAUUGGUAUGGAGGUGGCCAAUGCCACGGCCGCCGAAAACGAGGUCACCGUAGUCGGUCAGGAGAGCACACCUCUGGAGAGAGUAUUGGGGAAGGAAGUCGGCGCUGGACUGCAAAAGGGGUUAGAAGGCAAAGGUGUCAAGUUCCACAUGUCAGCCGGUGUAGACAAAGCCGAACCAUCUAGCUCGAACCCAUCCAAGGUUGGCUCGGUGCAUCUAAAGGAUGGUACAAAACUUGAGGCUGACUUGGUCGUGUUGGGAGUCGGUGUGGCCCCCUCGACGGGAUAUCUUAAAGACAACAAGGUGAUCCGACUGGAGGGAGAUGGGUCCCUGAAGACGGAUGACAACUUCCUCGUGGUUGGACUCAAGGACGUCUACGCCAUCGGUGACAUUGCUUCGUAUCCCUACCAUGGUCCAGGCGGCCAGGGCAAUUACACGCGUAUCGAACAUUGGAACGUGGCGCAGAAUCAGGGGCGAGUGGUGGCGCAUCACAUUAUAAACCCGUCUCUGAAGUCGGAUUUUUUCACUCCGAUCUUUUGGUCUGCCUUGACAGGUCAGCUCCGAUACUGCGGCAACACGGUAAAUGGAUGGGAUGAGCUGGUCUUGCAAGGCAACCCAGGCGAAGGGAAGUUUGUGGCAUAUUAUUGCAAGGGUGAGACUGUGGUAGCGGUGGCUAGUAUGGGUGUAGAUCCGGCAAUGUCUCAAUCGGCGGAGCUCAUGAAGUCAGGUGGUAUGCCGUCGAAGACAGAGCUCAAAGGUGGGCUGGACAUCCUCAGUGUUUCGCUGUCGGCUUAGGUGGGAGGAUCCAUUAAUGAAGCUCGUACACGGGAUGCGAUUUGUGUGCCUGAGUUAGCGUCAGGUACGAGUCAGUGGAGUUAUUGUCUUGAUCGACUCGAUUCAGGGACCAGACUGCCAGAUUUAUGUAAGCAAGCAGGCAAGCAAGCACAAAUGAAAGUCGCGGCUGUUUCUCCUUUUUCCUUUAGAGACGAAUCGCCCGCCUUUUUGAAGUUUACACCAUAGUUGUGUGCCGUGGUUCGCGAUGCUGGGCCUGGUGCGUAUGAUAAAUUGAUUGGCUUACGGGUGCGUCAUCGCACAUGACUGUUCGACAUCCCGGUCAGGUCUUGCGCAAAUGCACCCCGCCUAUCAAUAAAUGGCCAAGACGAACUGCACAAUCAAACACGGUAACGCCGGUGAUUUGUCCAUGUGAUUGGAGUCCCAACCUCUUCUUCAACGAGGGGCGGUAUUGGCGUAUGCUCUGCCAGAUAGGUAUAUAUCCC